GGCCGCCACAGCUGAGCAAAUUUAAGACUACUCUUCUUCAUAAAACUCCCUCAACUCAAAUCUCCCGGCCUAUACAUACACGAUUAUCUGACAUUUUUUUCUUUUCUUAAUACGGAGUAAUCAAGAAGAGAAAAAAUCCGCCACUUUCUUGAAUUCUGCGCUCCACUUUCUCAUUUUCCCUCUGUAGAUCCACAGCCGUUACCCCAAACAAACAUAUUGCGGAAAAAAAGCAAAGAGAGAGCUUUUUCUUCUUUUCCCUUUUAUCUAAAAAGAAUCAGCUCAAAGUCUUUUGCUGAUUAGUGCCCGAUUUAAAGAAAAAGAGGUAUCUUUUCAUUGAAUCUUGAAAGGCUUUUUACAGCAGCAUGGGGAGCAAAUGGAGGAAAGCAAAGCUGGCUCUUGGGUUGAAUCUCUGCACAUAUGUUCCAAGAACAGACCUUGAAGACGACUUCGAAGAAAAGGGCUCCUUAUCCUCCAUCAAGGCGGCGGCGGCGGCGCUCUCCUCCACGGUAGUCGUCGGCGCCCUUCCAUCUACAGCCACUCCUGUUUCGCACGGCUUGAAGCUUUCGAAAAGCUUGAGUAGAUCUUCCAAGAAGAUAUGUUCAAUAUGUUUGGCUACAAUGAGGCGGGGGGAUGGUCACGCUAUCUUCACUGCUGAGUGUUCUCAUUCCUUUCACUUCCAAUGCAUUGCUUCUAAUGCAAGACACGGAAACUUACUUUGCCCAAUUUGUAGAGCAAAAUGGAAAGAGAUUCCCUUGCAACUUCCUAGUUUGGAUCAUCCUACUCCAGGAAAGGCAAGAUUUUUGCCAUCUAAUCGCUCAAAUCCAGUCAGGAACAUAACUCCAUUAAUCCAGCCUUCAGAGCCACCCAUCUUUGAUGAUGACGAACCUUUGGGUCUUCUUCCCCUUCCUCCUUCACCACAGAAUAGCGGAAAAGGCAGAACAAUAAAAAUCAAGACAUACCCAGAAAUUCCUUCUGUUUCAAGGUUCAAUUCUUUGGAUAAAUUCACACUCCUCGUCCAUGUUAGUGCACCUUCUUCAUUUCCUGGUCAAAACCCACACCGUGCACCUGUUGACCUCGUCACAGUUCUUGACAUCAGCGGCAGCAUGGCGGGCACCAAGCUUGCACUCCUUAAGAGAGCCAUGGGUUUUGUGAUACAGAACCUGGGUCCCGCCGACAGGCUUGCGGUCGUUGCCUUCUCUUCAACAGCCAAACGCCUUUUCCCGCUCCGUAGGAUGUCUGGAACGGGACAGCAACAUGCACUUCAAGCCGUCAACUCAUUGGUCGCGAAUGGCGGGACGAAUACUGCUGAAGGCUUAAGAAAGGGGACCAAAAUAAUGGAGGACCGAAGAAGCAAAAACCCAGUUUCUAGUAUUAUAUUGUUAUCUGAUGGCCAAGACACAUAUGGCAGGAGCCAGCAGUAUUCAACUUCCAGAGUAAUCCCUGUACAUACUUUUGGGUUUGGUGGGGACCACGAUGCUUCCUCAAUGCAUUCCAUUGCGGAGGUAUCUGGAGGGACAUUUUCUUUCAUCGAGACGGAAAGUGUUAUCCAGGAUGCCUUUGCUCAGUGCAUUGGAGGACUUCUGAGUGUUGUUGUAAAAGAGCUCCGUUUGGGUAUUGAGUGUGUUCACCCGGGAGUCCUUCUCAGAUCUGUAAAAGCAGGCAGUUACCCAAGCAGCAUCUUUUCUGGUGGAAGAGUGGGAUCUAUUGACGUUGGGGAUCUAUACGCUGAUGAGGAGAGAGACUUUCUGAUUGAUGUCAAUGUCCCCAUCGAACAACACGAGACUUCACUAUUAAAGGUGAGUUGCGAGUACAAAGAGCCAUUAACAAAAGAAAGAAUAAAUUUUGGAAGUGAAGUGGUUAGCAUAAGGAGACCUGAAGAAGUGUCGAGCGAAACGGACGUGUCAAUAGAAGUGGACAGGCAAAAGAACAGGCUUGGAGCAGCCGAGGCAAUGGCUGAAGCAAGGAGUGCCGCCGAGAAAGGUGACCUGGUGGGAGCAACUUCCGUUCUCGAUAACUGCAGAAGGGCAUUAUCAGAAUCUGUGUCUGGAAAGUCUCCAGAUGACCGGCUAUGUCUGGCACUCGAUGCCGAGCUCAAUGAGAUGCAAGAGAGGCUCACGAGCCGGCAUAUGUACGAAGCAUCGGGGAGAGCGUACAUUCUGUCGGGGAUGAGCUCGCAUUCUUGGCAGAGGGCAACUGCACGUGGUGAUUCUACUGAUAUGUCCAGUCUGAUUCAGGCUUACCAAACCCCUUCCAUGGUUGAAAUGGUUACCACCUCUCGGGCUACGUUACUAGGGAGCCCAUCUGCUCGCAGGCUUGUUCGUCCAGUUCCAGUUUGGGCCCCGAGGUAUCAACCAAAGCACAGAUAACAUUGGCUUCAUGAUGGAAAUAUCAUAUCACCUUCUACUUGUGUGUAGUUUGUUUUUUAAUGUCUGGUGUCUGGGUAAGUAAGUAUGUGAACAGGAGUUGGAAAUUUUGGGGGAUAUGCAAUAAUGAAGUUAAACGUGGCAGUUAGGUAAUAAUUUCAUUCAUUUCUUCUUAUUAAUACUGGGGUAAAUGUACAUACAAGAUUACUAGGAGAGAGGUCCGAGAGCAUCUUUGAGGAAAGAUCUGCAAAAAGCCUUCAUGCUUCUGUAGUGUGUAUAACUAUAUUUUUGUGAAAAAUAAUUUAUAAUUCCACAAGCCAAAUGACAGGCCCAAAGAAUGUCUGCAUUUUCAUUUCCAGUAUUUAGCAAUUGGUUGUUGAUAAACAAUGUGAAAUUUCAAAAUAUAAUUUUUUUGGCUAGGCU